UUCUCCGGUAUAAAAGCGGAGUUAGUCGACAGUUUGUUAGGGAAAUUUUUACUUUCCUUCACGGCCGGUGGUGUGUGGAGCCUGAGAAGACUUGGUUCUUUUACAAUCAGUACGCCAAGAAAGAUUUUCCUCAGGUUACCCCGUGGUUCAGAUCAGCCACCUCCCUAAAACCCCAAUCAGCUCUGCCUUAAAACCACCACCUGCCAGCUCUACACUGUAACCAAGCCCCAACAUAAAGCCUUCAAAAUGAUGCAGAUCAGCAGCGACUCCGCCAGCAACAAGCACUCCCUAAUCAACGUCAUGCACCGCUUCAUAGCAGCUGCCAACAACAUGGACGAGACCAUCAUGGUGCCGAGCCUGCUGCGAGACGUGCCGCUGGAGGAGCAGGCGGCCAGCGUGAUGGAGCCCAACAACAAUAAUGAACCACCGUGUCCCAUCAAGCAGAGGGACAUGUACGAGCACUACCUGCUCCUCAAGUCCAUAAAGAACGACAUGGAGUGGGGUCUGCUGAAGAGGGAGAUGAGCAGCGGCGCCAGCUUCCUGGAGAUGGCGGUGAAGCAGGAGGAGCAGCAGCCGGUCACUGGGGACCUGCUUCUCGACGAGAACUCCGACCUGGAGAAUCAGUUUCACUAUCACCUCAGGGGACUGUUCGGAGUUCUGUCCAAGCUCACCUUGCAAGCCGACCACCUCACCAACAGGUACAAGAGAGAAAUCGGAGGCGGAAACUUCAUGAGAUAGAAGUCCCUACAGUCCCACCCCCGGACUGCUUGACUUGCACAAUGGGAUGUUUUAAGAAGGGGGGCCCCCCCAUCUCUUAAUAGAUCUCAAUGGACAGUGAACUGACCAGGGUUACGAUUUAGCGCUUCUUUCACUCCUGAGUAGUGACACUCCAAAUCCCCCCCCACCAAAACAUACCUGAAACCAGUGAUGCCUGCACAGUUCCCUCUGCCUGUCUCGGUGCCGAUGUUGACGCUGUGCGUGGUGGAGGUUUAUUGAAUCUUGUUCCCCAGGUCCAGUUGAAGCGCAGCUCUGGUUUAUGAGAAACUUGUCCCCUUUUUUGUCUUUUAUUUCAAGUUUGAACAUGAAUUUGUCACCAGAUUGAGAAUAAAAGGUUUCUGACUGUAGGAGAAAUUGAAUGCUGGUUAUUCUGUCCCUCCUUACUAUUUUUUUUUUUUUUUUUUUUUAAUUGUUUAGCGCUGAGCUGAAGGGCUCUUAAAUCUUUCCUCUUGGUAUUACUGUAACAUGGCGUGCCUUGACUUUUUGUAUAUCCUCAUGCCCUGUUCAGUUACUCCCCAUUGUCUUUACUGCUUAAGUGGCUCAUCAAGAUGUUUAUGAUGAAAUGAUUCUUUUGUUUGUCCUUUGGAUAUUUCAAAUUUUAUAUUGAAGCAGUAUAACUGUAAUAAAUAAUUGGGAACUUUGAA